AAAAAGUCCGAGCAAUAGCAAUAGCAUACCGAGCAAUAUCAUCACAUCUCCCCUCUCCAAUCCCGCUGGCAUGUACGAAGACUCGUGGUACAAUGCCUUCGUCCCGCGGGCCCACAAGCCCGUCGAGAAGCCCAAACACCGUCGCCGCGAGUCUCUGCUCAAGCAGCCCAACGAGAGCCAGGCUGACGUCGAGCGCGUAGAAGGCACCGUCGAGACUAUAGAAGAGAUCGCGGAGAAUGACAAUGCCCCCCCGCAGGCCACCGUGGCUAGACGGGCGAAGUCCUACAGCGACUUUUACGAUGUCGUGAGGGCGCAUAUAAAGAAGGAGAGGGGCCUGGGGAGGAAGAAGUCACAGGAGAGUAUCAGCAACGAGCUGCAAUUUGCCGAGUGGUAUAGCGGCAUCCGCGAUGAGCUGCUCGAAGCCAGCCAUGCGGAAUACAUGCACGAACUGGACCAGCUCCACCUGACGCGAACACACCUCGAUACCAUAAUAUCAGACACUUCCGAAACCCUCGACAUCCUCUCCUCUCUCUCCGAGUCCUUCAAGGCAGUUGAGACGCAGACCACCGCGUUUCAGAUACAGUGCGAGGGCUUAAUUGAAGACCAGAAGUGCAUCACGAAGCUUGCAGACGACAUAGAGGAGAAUCUCCGUUACUACCUCUAUCUAGAACCCAUCACCAAGAGACUCAAUGCGCCCGGGGCUGGCAACCACGUCCGAGGGGAGCAAUUUACGGAGAUGCUAUCGAAUCUGGACGGCUGUCUAGAGUAUAUGCAGGCGCACCCAAACCACCGCGAGUCAAGUACAUAUCGUUCACGAUACCGGCUCCUCCUCACCCGCGCUCUCACCCUCAUCCGAGUCCACUUCACGAACGCCCUGCGAGAAAUAGCUGCCGAUGUCUCCAAGCGAAUAUCGGAUCGUCAGUUGAACGACACUACUAUGUCUGCGCUCCUGUACGCUAAGUUUCGCGUCGGUGCCCCAGAGCUCAAGCGAAUCGGCCUCGAGAUACAAAAACGUGCGGUGCUGCCGGCAAACGCAGAGCCCGGCGCCGAAGCCGAGUAUCAGAGCUUGAUGAACGAGCUGUAUCAGAGCUACUCCGCUACCCGCGGUCGCCUUAUCUUGCCCAUAGUUACCAAAAAGAUAGGAGAGAUUGCACAGGCGCCGAGCUCUGCUAAGGAUCUUGUUGCCUUUGCUCGAAGUAGUAUUAGCUAUAUUCGUGGCAUAUGUUUUGACGAGUACGAUCUCUGGGGCGAGUGGUUCGAGGGCGAGGGAGGCCUGUAUGAUUUCCUAGAAUCUAUGUGUGAACCCCUUUACGAUCAUCUGCGGCCAAGGACCAUUCACGAGACUCAGAUCCUCAAACUAUGCGAGUUAUGUACCUUGAUCCAAACUCGGUACAUGGAAGAGGAGGAAGAGGACGCAUCUCCGAUCGAAACAAAUAAACUCGACUUCACCGUUCUCGUUCACCCGGCCCUCGAGGAUGCCCAGACCCGUCUCGUGUUUCUCUCCUUGGCUAUCCUCCACGACAACAUUGAGCGCUAUAAGCCGAAGCCAGAAGACCUAGACUACCCAGCCAAGAAUAAGAAACAGCCAUCAUCUGCUUCCAAGUCUAGCCAACCAGCACUAUCGGGGAAGAAGACCUCCAAUGCAACCGUACCACAGACGCCAGUAAUGCCAAAAACACCCAUGGUAGUCGAAGAAGAUGAUCCCGACUCGCGUUGGAAUUUCAACACCGAGGCUGCGUUCAAAGACUGGUAUCCAACUCUACGUAAGGCGAUCUGGCUUCUCAGUAAGAUCUACCGGCUCGUACACUCUUCAGUCUUCGACGACCUCGCCCACCGAAUCGUCCACAGCACCACGACCUCCCUCAUAACUGCCUCAACCCAGCUCUCCAAAUCCGCGUCCCCAACAGACGCCUCCCUCUUUCUAAUCUCACACCUCCUCCUCCUCAAACAACAAAUUGUCGCAUUCGACAUCGAAUUCGUCACACCGGAAACCGACCUCCAGUACGAUUUCACCAGCAUCACAAACACAUUCUGGGAACUGCGCAGCCGGGGUGGGCUCUUCAACCCCCGCAACCUUGUCGGUCUUCUCAUACCCAAAGUCGUCGAGAACAUGCUCGAUGCCAAGGCGGAAGUGGAUGCGCGGCUGCGCGGUGCUAUUACGGAUUUCACUACGCAGUUUGUUAGCAGGAUGGUAGCCGCAAUCUCUACACCCCCAGACAAAGACAUCAAGGGCGGGCCGAAAAUGGCGCCUGGAGAACCCGCGGCACGGAUAGGCAAGGUUAGGAAGGCGGUGGAAACAGAAACACCCUUCCUCCGAGCCAAACUCGAAGAAUACAUAGACGACCCACGCACGCGGGAAAUGCUCGUUGCAGCAGUGAUGGAGGCUAUUGUGUCGGCGUACCAGGAUUGGUUCGAUACGGUAUACACGCCGUCGAUGGCAGUGAAUGGGACGGGUAGGAGUGCAAAGGGGAAGGGGAGGGAAGAUGACGUUUGGGAUCCGGAUAUUUUCUCGGAGUGGUGUGCAGGGGUUUUCAACGUGGGGAGGCUAGGGCUUGGGAUUAUGGAGGAGCCUGAUAUGGAGAUGGGUGAUGAGAGUGAUGCGGAUAGUGUGGGGGGUGUGAGCGGGAGGAGUGGGACAACAAGGACGGGGACGACGGGAAUUAGGAUUAAGAUGUGAUGGGGAAAGGGAAUGCAGUGCGACUGGAGAGGGUUUGAUGAU